AAUUUUUUUGAAAGGUCUUCACCGCGACCUUCAUUGUUAUCGCAAAAAUAAAAGAGGAGGCUCAUCUUUAAAUUUUGGCAGGAACCAAGCAGCAGAUCACACGUCCAAAACAUACUUUUCUCACAGAGGCUCUCUCACGCCGCUCCCAUGGGCGGCUCGGGAGAGCAAAAUCCAGCCCGCCGUCGGGAGGCCACCCACCGCGGCUGCUCCCCUUGCCGUCGCUAGUGUGUUCAGCAGGGCAAAGCCUGUGCAGUAUAGGCGGCGGCGGGGCCGUCGAUCACUUACGCACAGGCUCAAGUGGCGCGCGGGUGUCCCGAUUUGGUGGGGGCUGGAGCUCAGCGAGGUGAGGUGUGUGGAGGAGUGCGAGUGGGGCGCGCUCGCGACGUGCUUGCGCCAUGGCGCGCUACAGGUGCGGGGCUGUGCGGAUCUCGCUUGGGCAGGUGGGGAUGGCUCGGGGCUGCGCGGAUCUGGCACAGUCGCCGGUGCGCGAGGCGAGCGGAGGUGUGGGGUUGCACGGACGACCGGCUGCUGCAGUGUGCAUCCUUCGUUCCGGUGUGGCGGAUCCGGCUAGCAUGUUGGGGCUUGUUUUGGGGAGGCGACGACGCGCGGUUGCGCACAGGCCGGCCAGAUCUGGGCAUGUCCAAGCCGGAAGCUGGUUGCGGCGCGUUGUGGGAGAGGUUCGAGGAUGCGGCUGCUGUAGUUGUGUGCGGGUCGGCCAUGACCUGUACUUGCCGGAUGGUGGUGGUGCUCGGUUGCUGCUUGACGGAGGAGGGAGGCUCCAUCCGCGGUUGGAUGCAGGGUGCAGGACCCGAUAUGGUCUCUGCAGGCCCGUCGUCGAGGAGGAAGGCUGGUGGUCCUGCACAGUGGUGGUGUGCUCGCCGGAUGGGGGAUAUGCGUGGUCCAGUGGAGGUACGGGUCGACCUCGGCCUACUGCAUGUGAGUGGGUGCACCGGGUGAAAGCCUGGCCGAUGCUGGCCGGCCGCCGGCUCCCGCGGGCUUCGCUAUUCUCCUUGGAGGCGUCGUUUGGAUUCUUCACAGCUUAUGCUCAUGGAUCAUGUUCUUCGGGUGAAAGCCCACAUCCCGAUGCAGGGUCGGGCGAUGGCGUCGUCUUCAGCGUCGUUCCCCUAUUACGGCGUCGUCUUGAAGCUCUUGAUCCCCUCUGGUGCUUCCUAUGAUUGGACGUGUACAGUGCCUUGUGUGGCAACAAUGAUGGUGAUGAGCAAUAUCGGAGGUAUGGUAUUGGUCGUGGUAGUCGACUCUUCUUCUGCGAAGUGUCUGUGGAGUUGCCUCGACUGCUUGUUGUUGUGAAGUUGAAGCCGCGGUGGCGGUGUCAGGUGGUAUAUGAUGACGCGUGGUAGUCGGUUCGUUCCAUGAUCCUCCGUGACGUCAACCUUGCCUAGUUUCUUCGUA